CGCGGAACGUUUAAAAUGACAAUUUGGUAGUGAAAAGAUUUUGUUGACUGAUUAAUUGGCAUUAUUGGAAUGACUUCCUCAGAAGAAGAGGUGAGAAUUCUUUCACUACAAGAGAUUGAAGAAUGGAUUAUUGAACAGUAUAAAAAUGAAAAGGAUAGUGUACCUCGAUUCAUUGAUACUCCUAGGGCCAGAAGUUCUAUGUCUAGAAUCAUUCAACGAAAUAAAGAAGCAGAAAAGGAUGCCCAAGUUGUUGAAGAGAUGAGCCGUCAACUUUCAAAGAAAUAUUUGAAAAAAACAAAGGAGAUCAAGUCUUUACUGCCUGACAGGGUAAUAGAAGAUGUAAAUCCAAAUGCUUUACAAAGGAUUGAAAAAAUUGCCAGAGUAGCCAACAUUAUGAAAUGUAAAUCACCUUUUUCAACAAAGUAA